AUGGGCGACGAGAAGUUUGAUUACCAGGCCGUCCCCAUCCCCUCAUACGCAGAAGCCACCGGCCAACCCUCCUCCUCGCGAUCAGACCUGGGUGAUGGAACCGAUGUGGAACGAGAAGGCCUGCUCGCUCGCGAGAAUCGUCGCGAUGUCCCCCGCGGUUACCACCCACCCACCGUGGAAUCCGCGCGCACCAGUCUCGAUGACCUCGAAUCCGCCGCCUCCCACUCGGAUCGGGGGUCGACCGAAGAACUACGAAGAGAGCUAGACCAAAUGGACGUGGAUGAUUCCGCGACCUCGCGGACCGGACGCCCUCCCUUACGACAUCGAUUUUCCAAGCAACUCUCUAGCCUAAGCCGUGCGCUGUCCAACAUCCAACGUCCGUUCCAAAGAUACAUGCCCAACUUCCGCUUCACAAUAAACGUGGGGGAUGUGAGGUCGCGCUUGAAAGAUCAAGGUUGUAUUAUGCUCUUACGGCUAUUUGCCCUCUUACUAGUGGUUUCUCUGGUCUACGUGUUCUUCAUCGCCGAUAUCUUCAAUAUCAACAGUCGCAUGGCCAUGGGUCAGCAAUACAGUGCGGCUUCCGUCGAAAACUUCAUCCAAGGUCACAUCAACGAAACCAACAUCGCCGAGAAUUUGCGCCGAGUCACAAACUACACCCACGUCGCCGGCACAGAGGGCAGCUUUGCACUGUCACAGCUCAUUGAGCAAGAGUUUCACAAAGCAGGCUUUGACGAAGUCUCGCGGGAGGAGUUCCAGGUCUACCUCAACUAUCCCCGCCAGGAUGGGAGACGGGUGGCAAUCAUUGAUCCACCCAAUUUGGCAUGGGAGGCCAAGCUAGAGGAGGACAAUGCCAAAGAUCUAGUCUUCCACGGACAUUCCAAGUCAGGAAAUGUCACAGGACAUUUGGUGUAUGCCAACUACGGUUCCCGCGAGGACUUCAAGCUGCUCGCAGACAAGGGAAUAGCAUUGCAAGGCUCCAUCGCCUUGGUUCGUUACUACGGAACCGAGUCUGACCGUGCUUUGAAGAUCAAGGCUGCCGAACUUGCCGGUGCGGCCGGCUGCAUCAUCUACUCUGAUCCUGCCGAAGAUGGAUUCGUCCAUGGCCCGGCCUACCCCGAAGGCCGGUACAUGCCCAGUGAUGGCGUGCAAAGAGGCGGUGUUAGUAUGAUGUCGCAGGUGGUUGGAGAUGUUCUCUCCCCCGGGUGGGCAUCUACGCCGGGAGAGAAACAUCGUUUAUCCCCGGCGGACAGUCUUGGGCUGCCCAAGAUUCCCAGUCUUCCCCUUGCCUGGCGUGACGCACAGCGGCUCUUGCAAGGCCUGAAGGGCCAUGGCUCAAAAGUACCGAAAGAGUGGGUAGGAGGUGUACCCAAAGUGGACUGGUGGACCGGUGAUCAGAACUCCCCGGUCGUCCACCUGAUGAAUCUGCAAGAUGAAGUAGAACGACAACCCAUUUACAACAUUCACGCCAAAAUCAUUGGAAUGGACGAGCGUGAUAAAAAGAUCAUUGUUGGCAAUCACCGAGACUCCUGGUGCAUGGGAAGUGUUGACCCUGGAAGUGGCACGGCCGCGUUCCUGGAGGUUGUACGUGCCUUUGGUGAGCUGCUCACCUACGGCUGGCGGCCAAUCCGCACCAUCGAGUUUGUUAGUUGGGAUGGCGAAGAGUAUAACUUGAUUGGCUCAACGGAACAUGUUGAGAAAGAAGUUGAUGACCUUCGCGCAAAUGCCUAUGCCUAUCUAAACGUCGAUGUCGGCGUAGCUGGCCCUGACUUCCGCGUAUCGGCGUCACCUGUCUUUGAACGCACGGUGAUGCAAAUUUUGGGCCGACUUUCAGACCCAUAUGCGAACGCCACGCUGAAAGAUCUUUGGGAGAAGAAGGGCUCAAAAUUCGAACCCCUUGGCGCAGGAAGUGAUUAUGUUGCAUUCCAAGAUAUCGCUGGCACCUCGAGCAUUGACUUUGGAUUCGAGGGCGAGCCCUAUCCCUACCACAGCUGCUAUGAGACUUAUGACUGGAUGGUCCAGAAUGUUGACCCCGACUUCCAAUACCACAAGAUCUUGGCCCAGUUCUGGGGACUCCUCUUGCUUGAUCUAUCGGAGAAUCUCAUGUUGCCAUUUGACAUGGAAGCCUAUGGCAAUUCUGUCGGCGGAUGGGUGAAAGACCUGGACGCGUACGCAAAGUCAAAAAAUGCCAAGGUGGACAUGCAGCCUAUGUUCAACGCCUCGGCAGAGAUGAAGGCCAAAACCGCUCAGUUCCAGGCAUGGAACAACAUCUGGCAUGAUACCGUGUGGGGCAUGGGAGGAUAUGAAAGCAAUGUCAUGGCAGUACAGCGAGUCAACCAUAACGCUCGAAUGGCCAAAUUUGACACCAAUCUCCUUGACCUGGCGGAAGGUGGAGGCAUUCCCAACCGUACCCAGUUCCGCCACGUUAUCUUUGGCCCAGAGCUGUGGUCCGGAUACGAUUCCUCGUUGUUCCCUGCUAUCCGAGACAGCAUUGACACAGGAGACUGGAAGCUUACCCAGCACUGGAUCGACCGGGUCGCCCAAGUCAUUCACCAAGCCAGCGACAAACUUCUCCACUAA